AUGGCACCUCAUUACACAACCAUCCUUGUAACAACAACCCUUGCCAUUUCCAUCUUUUUUCUCCCCAUUUGUUCUUCAUCCGACUUCGUGGACAACACAUGCAAACAAACCUCAAAUUACCAAACAUGUGUCUCAACUAUCAAAUCUGAUCCCAAAAGCUCAAGUGCUAGGGAUGUCACUUCCCUGGCCCUCAUCAUGGUUAACUCCCUCAAAUCCAAGUCCAACUCUGCGCUCUUCACCAUCAACCAGCUCUUGAAGAGCAAAAGCACCAGCUCAGCUUCCAGAGUGGGCUUGAAUCAGUGCUUGAAGAGAUACAAUUUCAUACUCAGGUACGAUGUUACCGAAGCGGUUGAGGCCUUAACCAAAGGUGACCCAAAAUUUGCUGAGGAUGCCACCAGAGAUGCUGCUUUUGUGGUUCAAGAAUGUGAAGAUGGUUUCCAUUCCAAAUUAUCCCCUAUUUCCAAUCUUAACAGAGCUGCUCGUGAUACUGCCGAUGUUGCCACUUCUUUAGUCAGAAUGUUGCUCUAG